GCACUUGAAACUGCUAAACUAUAGGUUCACACCCACAGAAAUAAACAGACCAUGACUUGCAGAUACCAUACAUCAACUCACUAGAGCAUCAUUCUAUUUCUAAUGAAGCAUUAGAUCCCCAAGCCCCACCUGAAAUUCCAGUACCUGUUCUUCAUCCUUCUCCUCUUGAAUCUGCUAUAAGAAAUAUAAGAUCAAUGGCUGUUACAUGUUCUUUGCCUCCUUGUUUCUCAAUCCAAAAGUCUGGUCCUGCUAUAAAGCCUUUCAGCACAGUUUUGAGGCUCAAACGCACUUCUCAAGUCACAGUGCUCAAGAAAAGAACAUCUACACUGUUCAAGAUCAGAUCAUCCUUGGGAGAAGAGGUUUUCGAGGAUCACUUCAAUGGAAUAAUCUGCUACAAAGAUGCCAGAGGGGAGAUUAUUUGCGAAGGAUACGAUGAAGGUCCUCGUUAUCACCAUCAGAAUCAAAGAAUAGUUAAUCAAUCAAGAGAUGCCGAGAUCUUUGAUCUUCUUCAACAGAAUUGGUAUAACUUCAUGACAGACACAGAAUUGAACAAGGCCGGGAAAGGUCAUUAUCUACACAAGGGAAUCAACUGCAAUGGCUUCAACACUCUCCACUAAUCAGCUUCCAGCUCCUGUCAAUCUAUAUAUAUAUAUAGUAUGUAACAUAUUACAUAUAUAAAGAAAGACAAAUCCUUCGUUUAAUCAUAGGGACUGAAAUGUUAUGCACCAAUAUGCACUGUCUUUAAAGUUCCUUAUUUCACCACAAUAUGUACAGAUCAAAUUUCCAAUGCUUCUGCACUCUGCUUUGCUCUUUCCUUGAAUC